AGGAUUACAACAUUGUACACAUAACUCAGGAUGACCUUAAAAUGUUAAGGUGAACAGGCUGUUUUAUAACCAGAUUGCUUCUUUCAUUACAAGGUGUGAUUUUCACAGAUUUGUGGGUCAGUGUGAAAACAUAAAGCAGACAUAAAUCUCUUGUAUUUUAUACAUUAUUUUAUACAGUAUUUUAAGAUCAAUAACUAUCUAAAGAAUAUAGCGUAUAAGGACUGAAGGCCAGCUAUGGAUAACCACUCUGGUUCCCAAACGUAGUGCUCUGGCUGAACUUAGCCUCUAUAUCUGUCCGCUCUCGUAAUAGUAGCUUAAUGAGCACCAAACGAGAUUGCAGGGUUUUAAAAUACACCUUAAAGCCAUUUACAACUACUUUCCCCAAGUUACCUCUGCUACUAGAGUAAGUUCAGUUCAGCAGCCCGAGCUCGAGCGGAGGAUGUGAUACGAGGUGUCGACUGCAUCGCUUAUCAGUUUUACUUUUAGUUCAUUUUGCUUUAUUUCAUUGUGCUUGUUUCUUUUAAUUUAAUUUUAAAAGGUAAAUAAUAAACGCAAUGGGCCAGGAGGAGAGUGCAGCUCACAAGGAGGUGGAUUUGGCACAAAUUCAGGAAUUAUGCACAACUUUUAUGAAGGAAUGCCCAAGUGGAGCUUUACACUUACACGAAUUCAAGAGGAUCUUCGGCAUCCAGAGAGAAUCGGAGGAGGAAUCUGCCUACAUAGAAACCAUAUUCCGAUCCUUUGACGCCAAUCAGGAUAACACCAUAGAUUUUAUGGAAUAUGUGGCAGCACUACACCUGGUUCUCAGAGGAAAACUAGAAGACAGGUUGAAAUGGUCUUUUAAAGUUUACGACACCGACGGGAACGGCCGCCUGGACCGGCGAGAAGUGAAGCGCAUCAUAAACAUAAUCUACAAAAUAAAGAUGAGGAAUACAGAUUAUAACAUGACACCGUCUGAAGUCUGUGACAGAAUAUUUGAGCUGCUCGAUCAAGACAAAGAUGGUCAAAUCUCUUUGACUGAGUUUUUGGAAGGAGCGCAGCAAGACGAGUGGGUGAUGGAUGUUCUGAAGCUGGACGUCAAUGUCAGCGGCUGGUUCAUCCAUAACAGGAAUAAAGAUCCCUGAUCUCGCCUUGCUUUCGCUGUGCUGGAGAAUGGGGCUUUUAUAAUGUGAAGUGGCCCACCCUGUGGUUUAGGAGUUUGGCCUUCUUUCACACACCAUGACUGAACCACGGCGCUACACUGGCUGCUUUUACUCAUUGUUUGAUUGUAUCAGACCACUGAGCAGCUUUUACACUGGGGGUCUGGUUACUUGCAGCAAACUGUACAGCUGUGUGAUCAACCAAGCCAAUAAGGUGUAUAAAAUGUAUAUUAUAUAUACUGUAUAUUGUAAUAGUGUUUAGCAAUACUACAGUACAAUGACCCUUAUAAUUAAAUGACCAUUGCUUCAUAAGUUCAUAAGCACUAAUAACAAAAGAACUGUUGGACAAACAAGAAGCUCGCCGAUAUAAAUCAAAGAAGAAGAUUCAAUAUGGUAUGGGCAAACUGUUCAAAAAGGGACAAAGAUCAAAGAAACCUUCUUGGUAUGCAAUGACAGAACACUCGCAGUACUUUGCAGUAUUUGUAGUUCUAAUAAACAUGUUCCUAUGUUUAUUAUGGUCCCAUGCUGCACACUAGCUAUGCAGUUCUUUUGCUCAAAUACUGUGUUAGAUUUGUGCAAAUAUACCACAAAAGAACUGUGUACCUACUGUGAAGCAUGGGGGCGGAAGCAUCAUGUUUUGGGGGAGUGUGCUUUAGACUAAAAAGACAUGUUUGUGCAAACCUAACACAGCAUUUGAGCACAAGAACCGCAUACCUACUGUGAAGCAUGGGGGUGGAGGCAUCGUGGUUUGGGGCUGGUAAGCUCUUCAACAUAGAAUGCACUGUGAAUUCUUCACUGUAUCAGAGGAUGCUUGGGGAAAUUUUGAGAUUAUGAACAUAUGAACACUGAAGAUGAAGCAUCACCACAGGCCUGAGUGAAUUCAACAUCGAGGUGUGGAAAAACAUUUUUACUAGUCAAUGUCAUAGUAAGAAAUUAUAGGAAAUAAUAAUAAUAUUAGCCGGAAUCUAAUAUGGACGUAUUAAUAUAAAUUUGAAGGUACAAACAUGAAAUAAACAAUUACAGUCUGUAUACAGGUUACAAAAACACAGGUAUAAAUAGUAAAUAAGUACAGGAAAACUGCUAAUUAAAAUAGUUUAAGAAAGAUAAGCUGAUUCUGAAGCAAAUAAACAAAGGUAUGCAUUUAAACAAAUAUUUUAUUACCAGUUUAGUUUAUCAGAGGGGAAAUUAUUGUUUUUUGAUUAAUAUCAGUAUAUUGAUAUUUAGACAUGAAAAUGUGGUGCUGAGUACACAAGAACAUUUCAGGUUCAGGGGGGCUGUGGUAUUCUGGGAAAUUGAGUCCUGUAGAGAGUGUGCAGUCUGGUGCCACAAGAAGCAUUGGAGUUAUGAAUUUUAAAAGAAAAAAAUACUGUAUGUUUUUUCUGUUUCCU